UUGAAAAGGCGGACGCACUCCGGCCGCCCAGCACUCUCUCACUUCUGGCCAGGGAACGUGGAAGGCGCACCGACAGGGAUCCGGCCAGGGAGGGCGAGUGAAAGAAGGAAAUCAGAAAGAAAGGGAGUUAACAAAAUAAUAAAAACAGCCUGAGCCACGGCUGGAGAGACCGAGACCCGGCGCAAGAGAGCGCAGCCUUAGUAGGAGAGGAACGCGAGACGCGGCAGAGCGCGCUCAGCACUGACUUUUGCUGCUGCUGCUGCUUCUGCUUUUUUUUUUUUUUCUUAGAAACAAGAAGGCGCCAGCGGCAGCCUCACACGCGAGCGCCACGCGAGGCUCCCGAAGCCAACCCGCGAAGGGAGGAGGGGAGGGAGGAGGAGGCGACGUACAGGGAGGAGAAAAAGCAUUUUCACCUUCUUUGCUCCCACUCUAAGAAGUCUCCCGGGGAUUUUGUAUAUAUUUUUUAACUUCCCUCAGGGCUCCCGCUUCAUCUUUCCUCUUCUUUCCCUCUCUGUUCCUGCACCCAAGUCCUCUCUGUGUCCCCCUCGCGCGCCCCGCACCUCGCGUCCCCGCUCGCUCUGAUUCCGCGACUCCUUGGCCGCCGCUGCGCAUGGAAAGCUCUGCCAAGAUGGAGAGCGGCGGCGCCGGCCAGCAGCCCCAGCCGCAGCCCCAGCCGCAGCCCCAGCAGCCCUUCCUGCCACCCGCAGCCUGUUUCUUUGCCACCGCAGCAGCAGCGGCGGCCGCGGCAGCCGCAGCGGCCGCGCAGAGCGCGCAGCAGCAGCAGCAGCAGCAACAGCAGCAGGCGCCGCAGCUGAGACCGGCGGCCGACGGCCAGCCCUCAGGGGGCGGUCACAAGUCAGCGCCCAAGCAAGUCAAGCGACAGCGCUCGUCUUCGCCCGAACUGAUGCGCUGCAAACGCCGGCUCAACUUCAGCGGCUUUGGCUACAGCCUGCCGCAGCAGCAGCCGGCCGCCGUGGCGCGCCGCAACGAGCGCGAGCGCAACCGCGUCAAGUUGGUUAACCUGGGCUUUGCCACCCUUCGGGAGCACGUCCCCAACGGCGCGGCCAACAAGAAGAUGAGUAAGGUGGAGACACUGCGCUCUGCCGUCGAGUACAUUCGCGCGCUGCAGCAGCUGCUGGAUGAGCAUGACGCGGUGAGCGCCGCCUUCCAGGCUGGCGUCCUGUCGCCCACCAUCUCCCCCAACUACUCCAACGACUUGAACUCCAUGGCCGGCUCGCCGGUCUCAUCCUACUCCUCGGACGAGGGCUCUUACGACCCGCUCAGCCCCGAGGAGCAGGAGCUGCUCGACUUCACCAACUGGUUCUGAGGGGCUCGGCCUGGUCAGGCCCUGGUGCGAAAGGACUUUGAAAGCAGGGUGAUCGCAUAACCUGCAUCUUUAGUGCUUUCUCGUCAGUGGCGUUGGGAGGGGGAGAAAAGAAAAAGAAGAAGAAAAGGGAAGAAGAAAAAAACGAAAACAGUCAACCAACCCCAACGCCAACCAAGCGAGGCAUGCCUGAGAAACAUGGCUUUCAGAAAAACGGGAAGCGCUCACAACAGUAUCUUUGCACUCCAAUCAUUCACGGAGAUAUGAAGAGCAACUGGGACCUGAGUCAACGCGCAAAAUGCAGCUUGUGUGCAAAAGCAGUGGGCUCCUGGCAGAAGGGAGCAGCACACGCAUUAUAGUAACUCCCACCACCUCUAACACGCACAGCUGAAAGCUCUUGCUCGGGUCCCUUCACCUCCCUGCCCUCUCUCAAAGUGCAGUUCUUAGCCCUCUAGAAACGAGUUGGUGUCUUUCGUCUCAGUAGCCCCCACCCCAAUAAGCUGUAGACGUUGGUUUACAGUGAAACUAUGCUAUUCUCAGCCCUUUGAAACCCUGCUUCUCCUCCAGGGCCGGAUUCCCAAACCCCAUGGCUUCCCUCACACUGUCUUUUCUAUCAUUUUCAUCAUAGAAUGCUUCCAAUCUUUUGUGAAUUUUUUUAUUAUAAAAAAUCUAUUUGUAUCUAUCCUAACCAGUUUGGGGAUAUAUUAAGAUAUUUUUGUACAUAAGAGAGAAAGAGAGAGAAAAAUUUAUAGAAGUUUUGUACAAAUGGUUUAAAAUGUGUAUAUCUUGAUACUUUAACAUGUAAUGCUAUUACCUCUGCAUAUUUUAGAUGUGUAGUUCACCUUACAACUGCCAUUUUCCCUAUGUGGUUUUGUAAAGAACUCUCCUCAUAGGUGAGAUCAAGAGGCCACCAGUUGUACUUCAGCACCAAUGUGUCUUACUUUAUAGAAAUGUUGUUAAUGUAUUAAUGAUGUUAUUAAAUACUGUUCAAGAAGAACAAAGUUUAUGCAGCUACUGUCCAAACUCAAAGUGGCAGCCAGUUGGUUUUGAUAGGUUGCCUUUUGGAGAUUCCUCUUACUGCCUUUUUUUUUCCUUACUGUUUUAUUACAAACUUACAAAAAUAUGUAUAACCCUGUUUUAUACAAACUAGUUUCGUAAUAAAACCUUUUUCCUUUUUUAAAAAUGAAAA